AUGUAUGAUGCUUCCACCGACCCGGAAGACCACCUCUCGAUCUUCCUGACGCACAUGCGUCUGCAAACAGCCGCGGAUGAGAUCCGCUGCAAGACCUUCCCCAUGUUCUUAAAGGGGAAGGCUCGGCUCUGGUUCCAAGGCUUGGCACCAGGGUCUAUCCGGAGUUUCCCUGAACUGGCCAGACAGUUCGUAGCCCAGUUCGUUUCCUCGAAAACUUACUCGAAGAAUGCGACCCACCUAAUGGCUAUCAGGCAGAGGCCUGACGAGUCCCUGAGGAAUUUCAUGACCUGCUUCAACGCGGAGAGUCUACAAGUCCGGGACAAAGACGAAAAGAUGGUCAUGGCCGCCUUCGUGAAUGGGCUCAGGGUAGAGGAGCUCUUCUACAAGCUGGCCGAGAAGCCACCUAAAAAUCUGGAGGAGCUCCUGACCAGGGCGCACGCGGCCGCUAAUGCGGAGGAGGCAGGGCGUCUGAAGAAAGAGUCAGAUCGGGAGCUCGGAGAUCGGAAGGGGCGGGGAAACCCCCUAGAGGGCAAGGAUGUUCCGGCCAAGAAAAACUUUUUUGACCGGCUCUCGAGGGAGAAAGCCCCCCUCUCCGCCGCCACUCCCGGAGAAAGGCUACACCCCUUUGACUCGGCCUAG